ACAGCUCAAUUAAGCUUUGUCCAAAGAAUUAUCAAAGGCAGCGGAAAAGCUUAACUCCGAAGCUCUGCAAAGCCAGCUUCACGAGAUUCUGGAAAACCAAGGAGAUCAAAUGAGCAGCGCUGGAGUGUCGUUUGUUUCUGUAGAGCCGAUGAACGUUGUUGAUUCUUUGCCGGAGAAAAAUUUGCACGACCCAUUGUCAUCGGACGAAGACUCCGUCAUUUGGGUGAUAGCAGACGAAAAAACUAUCAAUGACAGUGGGGCUUGUGAUAUAGCUCAGUUGGCAAGUCUGUUGUCUCCUGAGCCGAUGUCCGCGAGUUCGAGCCCAAGAGUAAACAUCGAACACAGUUGUACCGGAUAAGUUUUUCAAUAACGAUCCGCCAACUGUAACGUUGAUAAAGUCGCGAAUGCCAUAAAUAUGGUAAAACGACUAUAAUCGAAACAAAAAAAAAAAAUCAAUGACAGUCACUGUUCUGAGAUUUCAUGUCAGGAGGAACCUGAGGAAGAAAUCGAAGAACUGAUGACACAAUCAUUAAUGGCGGAAUCGAAUGAAUCAGUACAAAACAAGGUACCCGAAAACGAAAGUCUGAAAGACGAUCCGAAAUCGGCCGAAGCGUCUUCGGACUACGCUGCUUUGUUAGACCGGUGCAAAGAGCUAGAGUCAACAAUAUGUCGGCUGAAGGAAAAAAAACAAAAAAUUAAUGGCUGCCUGCAAAAAACUUGAAACGGAAAAGAUUUGCUCGGAUAACCAUGCUUUGCGAUUAUCGAAGGAAUUGAUGAGUCUGAAAGAUCAUCAAAAAGUCCCACAGACCUGCUUUACGCAGCACGAGGAAAUACCAAUAACAGUGAGCCAAUUGGUGGAAUACAACGAAUGGGCCAGUUCAGACAGCAUGUUUGCUGGAACACUGGCCCUUCAUCUUAUUGGAGCUGAAAAACUUAAAACGUUAAGCGUUACUGGGGCAGCUUCUCAUAGAUAUGUAAAGCAUAAGAAUCCUGAUGGCUCCCUGGUUCAUCCGGCUUCUGAAAAGAUGGAUCCCCUCAUACUUAACUUUAUUUGUGAGAAAGUAUUUGAGCGUGUCGCGAUGCGUGUGGGACCGGAAAAUAUUGCAAAAGUGCGAAAUUUGGCUAAUGAGAAACGAAUUCACCGUUACCUAGCCGAAAAGAUUUCGAAUCUGCGAAAAUCAGGACGUAAUUCCAAAAACAAAAUUUCCAUCGUAAAUGAAAAUGUGGCGUGA